GUCAUGUCUUUGUGCUACUUGCUGUUGUGCGUUUUUUUCGGUUCAGCAUUUACGAUUGAACCCCGUGUGUUCAGUGCGGACGAUCUGCGUUUUGACGUACACAAAUACUUGGUGAAACUGAAGGUAUUUCAUGAGAAUCUCACUGGAAUGUGUAGUGGUUCUAUACUGGACAAUAAGUGGGUUAUUACGUCUGCCCACUGCUUCAAAGGCGGCGAGAAAUACGUGUCUGUUUUCCAUCAAACUGACAAGGGGCAGAGAAUCAUCGCUAAAGUGGAUCCUGUGCAUAUACACAUACAUCCCAACUGGGUGGUGGGGAAUGUGAGUAUAACUAACAGAGUAAACGACUUGGCGUUGUUGAAGACGACUAAUUCGAUCAAGUUCAGUGAUGAUGUGCAGUCCAUAAAGUUGUCGAGGACUUUUCCGAGGAGUAAUCAGUCAGGGAUCAUUGCUGGUUUUGGUGAGAGCGAGACGGAUUUGGAGCCACCUCGAGAAGGCUUUGUAACGAUCGACCGGUGUUACUUCGGGAUCCCAGGGCUUCUGUGUUCGGACGACACGGUGCGAGCAGGGUCAGGUGACUCCGGCGGGUCCCUGGUCUCCAACGGGAGGCUGGUUGGAGUGACGUCAGCUAGCUGCAAGAACGUGGAAGAACCUAAAGUGUGCACGACGGUGUAUGUGAGCAUUGCCGCGCAUUGGAACUGGAUUCGGGAAAUGUUGCUCGGGAAAUAA